AUGGCUCCAAGCUCUAUUGAAAUGGCUCAUUUGCAUGAACAACCGGAAGGACUCACGAAUGCGAAUGCGAAUGUGCAAAUCGCCAAGACUAUUAGCCUAGAAGAUACCCCGCCAAAUGGAGGUUACGCCUGGGUGUGCACAUUCUGUGUGUUCAUGAUAAUCAUACACACCUGGGGCAUAAACAGCGCCUGGGGUGUGAUUCUCGAUCACUUCAUCACUAAUUCCACCUUUCCGAAGGGGACCCGAAUCGAUUAUGCAUUUAUCGGAGGCUUGUCCAUUUCCCAAGCGCUUCUCACCGGGCCGCUUGUGCAUAAGGCACAAGGCGUCGUCGGGACAAGAGUACUUCUUUUACUGGGAACUCUUCUAGUUUCUGCUUCCAUGCUUGGCGCUGCUUAUGCACGCGAAAUAUGGCAUCUCUUUCUCUCCCAAGGCAUUUGUUUUGGGCUCGGAAUGGGCCUUCUCUAUAUUCCCUCCAUGUCGGUGUUGCCGCAUUGGUUUUCGAGCCACAGAAGCCUUGCUAUGGGCAUCGCAGCGUCAGGUGCUGGUAUUGGCGGCAUUCUUUAUAAUCUUGCUACAAGUUACAUCAUUCAACACCUGGGAUGGCGCACUGCGUACAAGGUUCUGGCUGGUUGCUCCUUGGGAGCCAAUCUCGUGUCAUCAAUCCUCCUCAAAACACGAAAAGUUCAGCACAAUCAGCAAGCUCACGCCCUUGAUUCGCGCGACUUGAAGCGUCCCGAGGUUCUUUUCGUGAUUUUCUGGGGAUGGACAACCGAGUUUGGGUAUAUCGCCUUGUUCUAUUCGUUACCCAACUAUGCCACCUCUAUUGGCCUGACAGCCAAACAGGGAUCUGUCGCUGGGGCUAUGUUAAACGUGGGGAUGACCAUUGCCCGUCCGCUCGUUGGCUAUGUCAGCGACAGAUUUGGCAGGAUCACUGUCCCUGCUAUCCUGACAGCCACCUGUAGCGUGAUAUGCUUAGCCAUUUGGAUACCUGCAAGCUCCUAUGCUGUCUUGCUCCUCUUUUCUCUUCUGUCCGGGAUGGUUUGUGGCACUUUCUGGGCGACUAUAACUCCCGUGUUGGCCGAGGUUGUUGGUCUAGGUCGCAUGUCGCGCACUUUUGCCAUCACUUGCCUGGCUUUGGUAAUUCCCACCACUGUCGCUGAGCCAGUCGCCCUUAGUCUUGUCAAAGGCUCCGGGUAUCUGCAUACGCAGGUAUUCGUCGGGUGUAUGUUCCUUUUGGGAUCUUGGGGCCUAUGGACUCUGCGGUGCUGGAAGUGUUUCGACAUUGAAAGGAAGGCCUCCUAUGAGGGGGGACUCGGUGCUGGUAGAUCAUCCACAUUUCUGGGAUUUCUCAAAUGGAUGGGAUUCCGAAAGUUGUUCAUGACGGGUCGAGUAUGA